AUGGCGGCCCAGAAACGGAUGCGGGAACCAUCUGUGAAGAUGGAAGCUACAGUCCCUGAGGUGGAAGGAGCUUCCUUGGAGCAAGGGCAGAGGGCGCAGCUGGUGGAGCAUGCCCAAGAUGUCCUGUCCUGUGCAAAGGAUGAGCAGAGGAAUGAGGAGGGUGAACAAGUUCAUCAGCAAAUGCCAGAAAGAGUUAAACAUGAAAACAUGAACGAAAAUGUCAGAAAUCAAAGAAGAAUGAAGAGAAAGAAAAGCGGUUCUGUGGUUGACAAGCAUGAUGGAAUACAGAGGAGUGGAAUCCACACAGGGAUAAAACCCUUUGAAUGCUCAGAGUGUGGAAAGAGAUUCAGCUGGAGUGGCAGUCUUCAUCAUCAUCAGGGAACCCACAAAGGGGUAAAACCUUUUGAAUGCUCAGAGUGUGGAAAGAGAUUCAGUCAGAGUGGUGAUCUUCAACGUCAUCAGAGAACCCACAAAGGGGAGAAACCUUUUGAAUGCUCAGAAUGUGGAAAGAGAUUUAGUCAGAGUGGCCAUCUUCAAGAGCAUCAGAGAACCCACACAGGGGAGAAACCUUUUGAAUGCUCAGAGUGUGGAAAGAGAUUCAGCCGGAGUGGCAGUCUUCAACAGCAUCAGAAAACCCAUACAGGGGAGAAACCUUUUGAAUGCUCAGAGUGUGGAAAGAGAUUCAGCCGGAGUGGCAGUCUUCAACAUCAUCAGAGAACCCAUACAGGGGAGAAGCCUUUUAAAUGCUCAGAGUGUGGAAAGAGAUUUAGUAUGAGUGGCCAUCUUCAAUAUCAUCAGAGAACCCACAUAGGAAAGAAACCUUUUGAAUGCUCAGAGUGUGAAAAAAGAUUCUGUCAAAGUAGCAAUCUUUAUCGUCAUCAGAGAACCCACACACAGGAGAAGCCUUUUAAAUGCUCAGAGUGUGGACAGCGAUUCAAUCAGAGUAGCUACCUUCAACAGCAUCAGAGAACCCACACAGGGGAGAAGCCUUUUGAGUGCUCAGAGUGUGGAACGAAAUUCAUGUGGAGUGCCAGUCUUCAAACACAUCAGAGAAUCCACAAAGGGGAGAAGCCUUUUGAAUGCUUGGAGUGUGGAAAGAGAUUCGUGUGGAGCGGAAGUCUUCAAAAGCAUCAGAGAAUCCACACAGGAGAGAAACCUUUUAAAUGCUCAGAGUGUGGGAAGAGAUUCAUUCAGAGUGGCAGUCUUCAAACACAUCAGAGAACCCACACAGGGGAGAAGCCUUUUGAAUGUUCAGUGUGUGGAAAGAGAUGCAGUGAGAGUGGCAGUCUUCAAAUGCAUCAAAGAACCCACACAGGGGAGAAGCCUUUUGAAUGCUCAGAGUGUGGAAAGAGAUUCAGUCAGAGUGGCAGUCUUCAAAUGCAUCAAAGAACCCACACAGGGGAGAAGCCUUUUGAAUGCUCAGAUUGUGGAAAGAGAUUCAGUCAGAGUGGCAGUCUUCAAAAGCAUCAGAGAACCCACACAGGGGAGAAGCCUUUUGAAUGCUCAGUGUGUGGAAAGAGAUUCAGUCAGAGUGGCAGUCUUCAAACGCAUCAGAGAAUCCACACAGGGGAAAAGCCUUUUGAAUGCUCAGAGUGUGGAAAGAGAUGCAAUCGGAGUGGCGAUCUUCAAGAGCAUCAGAGAACCCACACAGGGGAGAAGCCUUUUGAAUGCUCAGAGUGUGGAAAGAGAUUUAGUACGAAAAAUCAUCUUCAAAAGCAUCAAAGAACCCACACAGGAGAGAAGCCUUUUGAAUGCUCAGUGUGUGGAAAGAGAUUCAGUCAGAGUGGCAGUCUUCAAAAGCAUCAGAGAACCCACACAGGAGAGAAGCCUUUUGAAUGCUCAGUGUGUGGAAAGAGAUUCAGUCAGAGUGGCAGUCUUCAAUAUCAUCAGAAGACCCACACAGGGGAGAAGCCUUUUGAAUGCUCAGAGUGUGGAAAGAGAUUCAAUCGGAAUGGCCAUCUUGAAACGCAUCAGAGAACCCACACAGGGGAGAAGCCUUUUGAAUGCUGGGAGUGUGGAAAGAGAUUUAGCACGAGUUGGGAUCUUCAAAGGCAUCAGAGAAUCCACACAGGGGAGAAGCCUUUUGAAUGCUCAGAGUGUGGAAAGAGAUUCAUGUGGAGUGCCAGUCUUCAAACACAUCAGAGAACCCACAAAGGGGAGAAGCCUUUUGAAUGCUUGGAGUGUGGAAAGAGAUUUAGUACGAGUGGCGAUCUUCAAAAGCAUCAGAGAACCCACAACAGGGAGAAACCUUUUGAAUGCUCAGAGUUUGGAAUGAGAUUCCUGUGGAGUGGCAGUCUUCAAAAUCAUCAGAGAACCCACACAGGGGAGAAGCCUUUUGAAUGCUCAGAGUGUGGAAAGAGAUUCAUGUGGAGUGGCAGUCUUCAAAGGCAUCAGAGAACCCACAAAGGGGAGAAGCCUUUUGAAUGCUUGGAGUGUGGAAAGAGAUUUAGUGCAAGUGGCAGUCUUCAAUAUCAUCAGAGAACCCACACAGGGGAGAAGCCUUUUGAAUGCUUGGAGUGUGGAAAGAGACUUUGUACAAGUGGCAGUCUUCAAAGUCAUCAGAGAACCCACACAGGGGAGAAGCCUUUUGAAUGCUUGGAGUGUGGAAAGAGAUUCAGUCAGAGUGGCAAUCUUCAAAGUCAUCAGAGAACCCAUACAGGGGAGAAGCCUUUUGAUGGUUCAAUUCUUCAGAAGCAUCAAAGAAUCCACACAGGGGAGAAGCCUUUUGAAUGCUCAGAGUGUGGGAAGAGAUUCAUUCAGAGUGGCAGUCUUCAAACACAUCAGAGAACCCACACAGGGGAGAAGCCUUUUGAAUGUUCAGUGUGUGGAAAGAGAUGCAGUGAGAGUGGCAGUCUUCAAAUGCAUCAAAGAACCCACACAGGGGAGAAGCCUUUUGAAUGUUCAGAGUGUGGAAAGAGAUUCAGUCAGAGUGGCAGUCUUCAAAUGCAUCAAAGAACCCACACAGGGGAGAAGCCUUUUGAAUGCUCAACGUGUGGAAAGAGAUUCAGUCAGAGUGGCAGUCUUCAAAAGCAUCAGAGAACCCACACAGGGGAGAAGCCUUUUGAAUGCUCAGUGUGUGGAAAGAGAUUCAGUCAGAGUGGCAGUCUUCAAACGCAUCAGAGAACCCACACAGGGGAAAAGCCUUUUGAAUGCUUGGUGUGUGGAAAGAGAUUUAGUAUGAGUGGACAUCUUCAAAGGGAAGAAAUUCACAGACUGUAG